CCUGUGAGCUUGAUGAAGAACUUCAACUUCAUCCCUUCAAUUUGUAAGAGAUGAGCCGGUGGUGGUCCUCUCAUUUGAUCGUUGUCUUGGAAAAGUUUUUCAGCAGAUAUGCGAAAAAAUCGAUCGGCAACUCGAUCCAUAAUAACAAAGUCAGCUGCAUUUGUUGUGUCCGCAGCUCGGAGGUGGAUCCUGAAUCUAUGAUUAUA